AUGUCUCAAGAACAAACCAACCCGUACAAAGUCGUCGUAGCAGCCGAGAACUCUCCAAUAUCUCAUAAUGCAGUUAAUUUUGCAUUUGAUCUCUGCUCACGUCUUUCGUGUCCAUUUACAUUGACCGUGGUUUACAUCAUCGCCCUCAAUCCAAGCACGAAUAUUCCAUUUCUAUCAAAUCUUGAAAAAGCCAAUAAUCUUGAUAUCCAGCUUGAAGCAAAAGAGACAGUUGCAGUAUUGCAAAAAUAUUUGGAAAAGUUUAAAACGUUGACUCCAAGGGUGAACUAUACAUUUGUUCAGUCUGAAGGAUAUGGCACUGUAGGCGAAAACCUGACGCAUUACAUAACAGUUGAACACCCGGAUACUAACUUGCUAGUUAUUGGAAGUCGAGAUUUGGAGGGACUGCAAAAGAUGAUACUGAGCUCGACAAGCGAAUAUGUAUCAAGACACAUAAAGGUCCCUGUCGUUAUAGUCAAACCACAUGAUAAAUUAGACGACUGUACAAGCCGGUGA